UAGCGGUGCUGCGUGUGGAGCAAGCCGCCUGUUGGUGCCGUUCUGGGGCAUGAGAUUCAGAGAAAUGGGGCCGUCUUCCUCCCUGACCCUGGCCCGUCGAUAGAAAAAAAAAAUAGGGCUGGGGAUGCACGACGGGGCAGAUGAAACACAGCUCUCCAGGCAUAAAAUCAGGACUGCUGAUGCCGCAGAAACAUGGAGUGUCGCAUUCUUUGCGGAAUAAUCGCAGUUGUUGACCCACAGUGAGUUUUUUUUUUUUUUAAAGUCCACGGUUGGUUUCCACUUUGCUUCUUGAGCCGUUUGCUUUGAUACAAACAUCUGCAAUGAUGUGGGCUGUGGACGGGAGUCGGACCGCUGCCACGGUGCUCUGCCUUUUGGGAUUUGUUAUCUCCAGAGCUGCAACUAAAACCUCAGCAGAGGACACGGCGACGCAAGAGGUGACUCUGAAGGUCCACCUGAGCGACGCCAGCACUCAGCAGCCUCUGCUCGGAGCAGCCGUGCAGCUCUUCGCCAACCACACGUCCGUAGCCACAGAAACCUCGUCAGCCGAUGGAAACGCGUACUUGCGCUUCGCCUACCGCCUUGGGACGCCGCUCGUCGUCACCGCAACCAAACGGGGAUAUGUGCCCAACUCGGUUCCCUGGACUCCCUCCAAAUUACCAGUGUUUUCCUCCAUCAGCCUGGAUCUGCUUCCAGAAAGAGCGGCUAACCUGAUGGUGUAUGAAGAUGUGGUUGAGAUUAAGUCGAGUCUACAAGGUUUAAGAGGCCAGCCCCGCAUCCAUUUCCUGCGCAGAGCUCUUAGUCUUCCUGCCGACACGUCCUUCUCCAACCUGACCGCUCUGCUCACUGUGGCAAGCUCCCCAUCGCGCAUCCAGCACUUUCCCCAUCUGCAGAUCCUGGGCAGCAACAACACAGGCACAGAGAAGAGGUUUGAGCUGACUCCUGUAACAGCCAUCUCUGUACACCUAUUGGCCAGCGACGGAGCAGAGCUGCAGGUGAACGGGCCAAUCACGUUCUCCGUUCCUCUUCCACCGGACAGCAACUUGAAGGAAAAUGAUCACAUCCCUGCUUGGAGAUUUGACCCUCGCUUAGGCGCCUGGAUCAAGAGCAGUUCGGGUCACAUACAGAGGGUGGGAAACCAGCUGACCCUGACCUACCUUGCUCCUCAGCUCGGGUACUGGGUGGCUGCCAUGUCCCCUCUGCACUCGGGUCCGAUGGUGGCAAGGGACAUCAGCACUUACCAUACUGUGUUCCUGUUGGCCAUACUAGGAGGCAUGGCUUUUAUUCUGCUGUCCUUGCUGGGCCUGCUCUUGUACUACUGCCGACGUCGCUGUCUGAAGCCUCGAGGGUCUCAUCGCAAGUUCACUCUGUCAACUGGCCUUGACAGCACUAAGAAGGAUCAAGCAACCUCCAUGUCCCACAUGAACCUCAUCAGCAACGAGGUGCAGCUGGAGCUCGUCUCCACAGCCACCGAGCCCGACAUGACCACGCCAAUGUUGAAGCCUUCUUCGUACGAGCCUCAGGACAACCAGCGUCAGCAGAGCCUAAUCCACCUCGCCAAACACAGCCGCUCCUCUCUGGGCAACAACAGCCACCACGGCUCGUCCCUCGGCAAUCUGACGCCGCGCAGCAGGGACUACCGGCAGUCUGCAGAGACGUUCCAGCUGAAGGCCGCCCUGUCAGGCGGGACGGAGAGGGGCUACCGUCAGUCGUACACCUCCGUCUGCUCGUCCAGCAACCAGAUCUCAGAGGCGCUGUCGUCGUCCAAUCACGGCCAGGUGUCGGUUACCCAGCUGAGCAGCGUCGGCAUCAUCGACUGCAUCUCUCCGUCCUCUCCUCCGCACUCGCCCUGCCGGGGGGAGGGAGGGGAGUGCCGGGCGGCUGACCACCUGCUGUCCCGCUCCGUAGACCACCUGGAGCGCUCAAACCCUCAGGCGCUCGCUCGACCGGGCCAGCUGCUCUGCUGCGGCUCAGUGGACCUGCUGAGCGCCGGGGAAGGCUACUCCAGAGUGCGCCCCACGCUGGUGAUCCCGGCACAUUACAUGCGCCUGCCUGGCGAGCACCCGCUGUCGGGUCAGGCUCUCCUGCUGCAGACGGACCAGCAAAGCGACCUGGAGACCAUCCAGGCCGAGCUCAAUGCCUCGCACUCCCAGCAGCCCCUGGGGCCCAGCCCCGCCGACAGCAGCCCUGACCCGAACACGCAGGGCGAGGCCGAGGCUCUUGGCCUGUCGGAGUCCUUGUCUAUUCCUAACGCUCUCGGGGAAGCGGCUCUUGUUGAAAUAAACAGAGAGGACACCUUGCUGGCCGAAAAGACUCUAAUGGAGCUGCGAGGAGGGAAGCCUCUGCCUCACCCACGCGCUUGGUUUGUGUCUCUAGACGGACGCUCCAACGCUCACAUCCGCCACUCAUACAUUGACCUCCAGCGGGCGGGCUGUCAGAGUAAUGCGCAGAGCUCAGGGGAUCAGCAGGAUUAUGACAGCGGUGGGCGACACGGCUACGAUGCCAGCCUGGACUCUGGCGUGGACCUUAACGAGCCCCGUGUGGGGCGCAGGGGGGGAGACGCGGAGCGGGAGGAGAGAGCGGGGAGAAAGACUGCCACACCAGCCACAGCUUACACCCAGCUAGUGUACGUGGAUGAUCUAGAGGGGGGAGGCAGCCCUGAGGGCGGGGAAACCGGACCCGCCCUGUCAGACAAAGCUGACGGUAGCAGGGAGAAUCAGGGACCGGGGCGCGUGGAGGAGAAAGCAGGCGAGGGGGUCCGAAUACUCGAGGAGCCGCCCUCGGUUUCCCCGACGUCCCCCGCCUCUCCUCCUCCUCUGCCCACGCCAGAGGGAGUGACUUUCAGGACUGAUCACGCGCUGCUGUCCGUCUCCCCCGAUGAUGAUGCAGCACACGAGGAUGGAGAGGAGGAGAAGAAAAGCCCCUGGCAGAGGAGGGAGGAGCGACCCCUGCUGGCCUUCAACCUUAAAUGAGUCACAGAAGCGGGUUAAAGGAGAGGUUUACGUUUUUUUUUUUUUUUCCCACUCGGUCUCCAUAAAUAAUCACUAAGCAGGUUUUUUUUCCAGUUAUUUAUGGAUGGAGAUUCUCAGUGUCCUUAUUCAACGUCGCCCAAGUGUAACAGCCCAGUUCUAAAAUUGAACACAUUACAGGUGCAUCUCAGUAAACUAAAAAUAUCAUUGAAAACUCAUAAAGAUUCAUUAUACACAGUUUUAUAUUUGAAGUGUUUAUUUCAAUCAGUUUUGAUGAUUACAGCUUCUGAAAACCCAAAAUUCUGUUUCUCAAAGAUCAUAAUCCUACAAAAGACAUUUGAAAAAAAAUUUAAGAAACAAAUUUAAGACCUGUACAUUCACUACUUGGUCAGGGUUCGUCUUACAUUAAUUUACUGUAUCAAUGCGGCGUGGCAUGGAGGAGGUCAGCCCAGGUUGCUUUAUUAGCCGCAUUACUGUAUUAAACAUCCCUUUAUAAUGGUCUAAGAAGCUGAAUUUUGGGUUUUCACCUGAACAUCAGAGUUAUAGAACUGUAACAUGUUUAUGUAUAAUAUGAUUCUAUCAAUUAAAUUGCUGAAAUUUUUUAUAUUUAAAAUUUCUUAAGAUGCACCUGUAUUUAAUUUCUAACUUUAGACACACAUAAAAGCAUGAUGCUCCCAAAGAUGCUGACUCUGCGACUUGUGGCGACUACGAUCGCUUUAAGCAGAGACUCUAUAUGCAGUCAGAACACGAUAAACAUGCAAAACAAGUAAAAACGUAAACCUCUCGUUAGCAUUGCUCCUCGACGACUCCGACGAGAACAUGAAGGACGAAUCCUUUUUAAAUUAACACCUUUUGCUCUUAUGAAAGCACUGAGAACACAUUUCAGCACUGCGCUCUCCUCUAAGUCCAGAACGGUUCUGGUCCCUCGUAAAACCUCUAGGAACAGCUACAUAACGACCACUGAGCGGCAAAUAGACUUUGGAGGCAAGAUGUUGGGAGAUUUUAUGCACAACAAAUAUAUGCCUUUUCUUUUUAAAUAAGGAGCCUCGUCGGUAUAAAUGGACUGUGGUGGAAGUAUAUGAUGAGUUGAUGAUAGCGACCAUUUUUUUUUAGCCAUAUUGGCAAAAUCCCAGGAAGUAUCCAUUUAAAGUGAGAGAAAAAACCCCAGUUUAUCCUCGGUGAGUGGGUUUUAAUGGCUUUUGGAGCAUAUGUGCACAACAGGACGUGUAACUGUACAGUUCAAUAGGAAUCUCUAGGAUCUGCUUUGAGCCCUUCAGCAGCAUCAGCCGCAAUACGAAUGCAUAAACCCUGUACUAUAUAUAUAUAUAUAUAUAUAUAUAUAUAUAUAUAUAUAUAUAUAUAUAUAUAUAUAAAGUUAGCUUAUAAAAUGGGCUUUCCAGGAUGUUUAUGCAACCUUUUGUGUCUGAUGAAAUUAUGCCUACCUGCUACUUGGCCCGAAUCGGAUAAUGUGACACCGGUGUGCUGGUAAAGUUUAAUUACCACUACAACACAUGUAGUCUCACUCUUUAGUAAUUUGUGAAGUUGAUUUUAUGAAGGUUUUUUUUUUAUAUAUAUAUUUGCUAAACCACUGACUUGCAUAUUUUUGUUUUAAGGCUAUGCAUCACUUUUAUACGGCUGCUUUGGAUGCCUUUUUGUAAACGGUAAUCUCUGAUUUUAAUUGCCAACAUGAAGUAUUUUACCUGAAAACGGGCUGUUUUUUUUUCCUUGUAAUAUAUUAAGGGCUUUUUCUCCUUACCUGUUUUUUUUUUUUUUUUUUUUUUUUUAGCUGAAACAAAUGCUGCAUAAUAUUUUGCCAACUAACUUUGCUGUGUUUCAGCCUCCCCCCUCCCUCUCCGGACACACAUAAUCCAAGUGCCUUUGAACAACCUGAUUCUGCAGCUCUUAAUUUCUUUGCUCUCCUUGGCCUUUAGCUUUCCUCCUCUACCUCAGCCCUCUCUCUCUCUUCCCCUCCUGCUUGUGAAGGGAAGCAUGCAGUGUGCUUUCCUCAGCACUCACAUAAUACUACAGCUACAAUGCAGACAUCUCAGAAAAUGUCUAGCAGCUGCUGCAAUCCUAAAAAUCUUUACAGUAAUCAGCAAUGCGCUCCCCGAGAAUAAGCAGUUUUCAGGAAAGAUGAAGCUAAGUGUGACUGUGUGUGAAGCUACCCUGCAGAAUUUAGAUUUAUGGAGAAUGAAUGUAUUCAAUGUUUGUGGUGGUGUCCAAUUAUGAUGCUUCUGAGUCUAUUAAAUCAUCAAUCCAAUCAAGAUUAAUGUACCCAUAGCAAUCAUGUUACAGUGUGUAUAGCUGUGUUCUUACCUCUGCUCAGUCAAAAUCAUGUGAGUUGCUGUUAUGAAUGUUUUCUUUCAGUGUCCCGCAACAACCUCCAGUUACUGGGUGGAGCAGCAAUACAGAGUUCUGAGUGUGUGAAUCGGUUGGUUGCUUUAUACUUUAAGCCUAUUAUUCUGAAUAAACAACCAAACUGGAA